UUGGAGACGUCAUGGUAUUUUUUCGAGGCGUACACUCGGAGAACCCCUCAGCAUUUACGUACAAGCUUACCCGUCGAUAUUUUUAACUAAAGCUCGUUAGCUGAUCAGAGAAGGGUUCCCCGGGUAGGACCAACAAGAUAUGUUGGCAAACAAUCAACUUAUGUUUGACUCCCUAUUCUCUGACCAGGUUCUCGAUAAGCAAUAUCACAUAAAAAUAUUUUCCCCAACCCAAGAUUUUUUUAAAUUCUCGCUGCAGGUUGCAAGUGGCCACUCCAACCCGACUCAGAAUUUUGAUUGUGUUGUGGGCAAGGCCUUUGCUUGUCGCUGCAACACACCUGAAGUCACUCUCCUGCUGCACACAGGAUAGAAAAUGAUCAGUGGUGGGAUUUGCCGGGGUUAAGGACGCUUAGCGCAGGGCUUUUAAUGUCAUGACGUCACAUUAAUUAGCGGCCACUUUGAUCCUUUCAGCCUCUAAGCCGUGGUACGUCCCCGGGCACUGUCAGUGAUUCCCGUUCGCGCCGCGAAGGAGGAUGCGCUCGCCCCUGUAGGACUUUUUUUUUUUUCUUUCCCCCAGCUUGAUGCUUCAAUUUUGAAAAAGUUGUGAGAAUGGCAGAUAAGGACAGCGUGGAGAAAUAUCUGGACAACAACCCCCAGUAUGCCAAAGAGUAUUUUGAUAAGAAGGUCCGGGCGGAAGCCCUCACGGCCGCCUUCUCCUCCACCCUCCAAGUGAAGGACACGGCCUCCUUCAAGGAUGUCAACUCGGUGCAGGAGGCCGCUAUCAUCUUUGAGCUGGUGCAGGCCAUGCAGAUGCAAGGCGUGGUGGAGGAAUCUCUGCACAAGGUGCUGCAGCGGGUGGCCCUCAUCCUGCAGGCCGACAGGGUCAGCUAUUACCAGUGCAGGUCCAGGAACGGGAUACCCGAGCUGGCUACGUGUCUCUUCGACGUCACCCCGACGUCCAAAUACGAGACCAACCUGGUGCACCCCCAAACCGAGAUCGUGUUCCCGCUGGAGAUGGGCAUCGUGGGCUUUACCGCCACCUCCAAAAAGCCCCAAAGCGUUCCUGAUGUUUCCCAGAAUAAAAAGUUCUGCGACUUUGUGGACAAGCAGACGGGCUACAAGACCAAAUGUUUGCUCACGUAUCCCCUCAUGGCCGACAAAGAGUGCAUCGGGGUGGUCACGGCGCUCAACAAGAUCGGAGCGGCUCACUUCACACCCGAGGAUGAAGCGCUCUUCCACAAGUACAUGACCUUCGCUCACGUCAUCGCCCUGCAGCAUCACACCACCUACAUGUUCAACGUGGAGUCCAGGAGGAGUCAGGUGCUGCUGUGGUCAGCUAGCAAAGUUUUUGAAGAAUUGACCGACAUCGAGCGACAGUUCCACAAAGCUCUCUACACCGUCAGGAUUUACCUGAACUGCGAAAGAUACUCGGUGGGCCUCCUGGACAUGACCAAAGAGAAGGAAUUCUACGACGAGUGGCCGGUGAAACUGGGAGACGUGGAACCUUACAAAGGCCCCAAAACGCCAGACGGAAGGGAGGUCAUAUUUUACAAGAUCAUCGACUACCUCCUGGAGGGCAAGGAGGAAAUUAAAGUCAUACCCGGUCCUCCUGCAGAUCAUUGGGCUUUGGUUAGCGGACUACCCACCUACGUGGCGGAGAACGGCUUUAUUUGCAACAUGAUGAACGUGGCCGCAGAUGACUUCUUCACUUUUCAGAAAGAGGCCGUGGACGAGACGGGUUUCGUCAUCAAGAACGUGCUGUCUCUGCCCAUCGUCAAUAAGAAAGAAGAAAUAGUGGGCAUCGCCACUUUCUUCAACAGAAAAGACGGCAAGCCCUUCGACGAACACGACGAGCAGAUCACAGAGGCGCUGACCCAGUUCCUCGGCUGGUCCGUGCUCAACUGCGACACCUACGACCGACUCAACCACAUGGAGUACAGGAAAGACAUCGCCCAGGAGAUGCUCAUGUACCAGAGCAGGUGCACCACCGCUGAGCUGCAGUCCAUCCUGAACACCAAAGAGAAGUUUGAUAGUGAGCCCGAGGACUGCGACCAGAAGGAGAUGUACAAGCUAUUGAGAACGACGUGCCCGGCGGCCGACAACGUCAACGGCGAGAACUUGUACUCGUUCGGCUUCAGCGACUUCCCCGUCUCCGAGUUCGACCUCAUCAAGGCCGGCAUUCGCAUAUUCUUUGAACUCGGGGUGGUGGAGAAGUUCAAAGUCCCCGCCGAGACGCUGACCCGCUGGAUGUACACGGUGCGGAAGGGCUACCGCGCCAUCACCUACCACAACUGGCGGCACGGCUUCAAUGUGGGCCACACCAUGUUCUGCCUGCUCCAGACAGGGAAGCUGAGGAGGUACUACUCGGACCUGGAUGCCUUCGCCAUGGUGGCUGCCGCUUUCUGCCACGAUAUCGACCACAGAGGCACAAACAAUCUCUACCAGACCAAGAGCACAUCUCCUCUGGCCAAACUUCACGGCUCAUCCAUCAUGGAGAGGCACCACUUAGAGUACAGCAAGACCCUCAUGGGCGAGGAGAGUUUGAACAUCUUCUGCAAUCUUCAGAAGCGCCAGUUUGAGACGGUGCAGCACUUGUUUGACGUCUGCAUCAUCGCGACCGAUUUGGCGCUUUACUUCAAGAAGAGAACCAUGUUCCAAAAUAUCGUCAAUGCCACCGAGCCAAUGGCGGAUGAAAAGGAGGCCACGGCUUUUAUAUCCAACAACUCCACCAGGAAGGAGAUCGUCAUGGCCAUGAUGAUGACAGGCUGUGAUUUGUCAGCCAUCACCAAACCGUGGGAGGUGCAGAGCAAGGUGGCACUGAUGGUCGCCGCGGAAUUCUGGGAACAGGGAGAUUUGGAGAGGACGGUUUUGGACCAGCAACCCAUCCCCAUGAUGGACAGGAACUGCGCCGAGCAGCUCCCCAAGAUGCAGUGCGGUUUCAUUGACUUUGUGUGCUCGUUUGUGUACAAGGAGUUUGCCCGCUUCCACAAGGAGAUCACGCCCAUGUUUGACGGGCUCAACAACAACCGGGCCCACUGGAACGAGCAGGCCGAGGUGUACAACGCCAAGAUGAAGGCCAUCGAGGAUGAGAAGAAGAGACUAGAGGAUGAGGAAGCCCGGAAAGCUGGUGGCGGUGAUGGGAAGUCAAAAACGUGCACAAUCUGCUAAAUUCCUCUUCGCAACAUUCAGAUACGGACUACAACUGGACUGGUUCAGCCUUCUGAUUGGAUCUAUACAAAUAGUUUUUCCUGUUCUGGUCUAGACCACUUUUUUUAGUCUCACCUAAUUCCACCUGGAUUAGCAUCCCAAGGAGGCAAGAAUCUAAAAACCAUGAUGAACAAUGGGAGGACUUUAAGGACAAGUGGGACCAUGGAAUCAUUUUUCUCAGGGGAAACUGCUUUACUUUUUCGGACGCCAUCCAUGGACAUGAUCCUGCUAGCCAAUUAGCUGGUAGUUGCUAGUUGGGGUGGGGCGCGGAAAAAGAAAAGAAUCUGACUUUCCACAACAUGUCACCCUUUAUCUGUGAUGAUGUGAUAUGAAUUCAAACGGCAAAAAAAUGUCUCGUAUGCUUGACUUGCACGAUUUCACGCGCAAACUACAUAGUGGAUGACAUAGUACUCCAAAAAGAAGAAAGUCUAGAAAUAACCCCGGCAUGAAAUGGAUUUGAGAGAUGGAAAAAGCACUUUUUUUUUUUUGCAUUUACUGUGUAAGAAAAAAAAGAUAGUGGGAAUCCCAUAGGAGGUCUGAUUGCAUGACUAGCCAAGCCUUAUCAAUAUGUUGUGUUGAUAAUGUGACACGUGUCGUGUUAUUGAUCAGGUCCAAGUCCGAUUUCGCUUGCGCAACCUCUGCCUGGAUGUCGGAACUGUGUCGCUCUGCACUUUCCCUAAACCCUCCUCCUCCUCUUCCUCUUCUUACACAAUGUUUUCACUUCUAAUCAAUGAGGUGUUAAUCAAAGGUCCCUAAUCCAAUCAAGGAGAUUCACAACUCCCUGGAACUCCCCCCCCACCCUCCCUUCUACCACAGAGGCAUCCUCCCAAAAUGACCUCACCACCCUCAUGUCCUCAUCCUAUUAGGAAUCUUUCCAUAUGAAAUGACCUCUCACUGUAUGUAUGUAUACUUGUCAAGAGAAAUAAAACAGCUGCAUGCA